AUGAACACACAUUGGACAUUUCCUGGCAGAGACACCAUUAAACUAAAUUGUGAUGCUUCUUGGGUGUCAAAAGAUACUAAUGCGGGUUUUGGUUUUGUGUUGCGCAAUUGGCUAGAACAAGGAAUGGGAGUUUUCAGAACGUCAACAGCAGAAGAAGCAGAAGCUUUAGCUCUCCUGCGCACAACAAGAUGGGCCAUUGAAAACAACUUACAGAAUCUGGUCAUUGAAGGAGACAAUCAAGUAACUAUCAACUAUUUACAAGGAAAUGAGGCAUCAGUCCAAUGGCAAAGCUUAGCAAUAUUAGAAGAAGUAAAAAUUUCAGCUGCAAAACUAGUUUCUUUUUUGGGAUUUGAACAUGUAGACAGGCGGGCUAACAAAGCUGCUGACUUCUUCUUCUUUCUCUCUGUCUCCAAUGCUCAACCUUCUUCAUCCUCCAGGCCCGGCGGGCUCUUUUUCUCUGUUUACAGGGAUCAAUUCACUCUCCAAUAUGUCACCACGCCACUAGGAAAAGUCCCUAGAAACGUAGUCAUCGAUAUCGGUCGUAAAUCCUCUUGGAUCUAUUCUAGUGCUGGUUGUGCAUCUCCGACGAUUUCAGCUGUCAUAACAGCUCAAUCAAACGAUUUGAAAAAUGGGGAAUGGGUCUCAGGUCCAAAUGUUACUGCUACUGGGAUUUCACUCGGUUGUGAAAAGAAUUCUAGUGCCUUACGAGGACUUGCCAAGGGUGUCAGAGGAAUUGUCGGUCUCGGACGUUCAAGUUCUUCUUUAACUUCACAAUUUUCGGCCGCAUUUCGGUUCCCUCAGAAGUUUGCUGUGGAGUUAUCUUCUGACACCGGAGGUUCCCUGUACUUCGGGGAUGGUCCUUACACUAACCAAAACUUCAGGCAGCAAUUAGUCUACACCCCACUGCUCACUAACUCUUUCUUUCCAAGUGACUAUUUCGUUGAUGUAAGAUCAAUUGAAAUAGAUGGUUCAGUUGUCGCAAUAAACAAAGGAUUAUUGUCCAUCAACAAGAGUAAUGGAGUUGGAGGAACUAAAUUCAGCACUCUAGUUCCUUACACUAGAAUGGAGACAUCAAUAUUCAAGGCCUUCACAAGUACAUAUAUUAAGGCGGCUAAAGCCAGGGGUAUUUCUACGACUGCUCCCAUCGCCCCUUUCAGUACAUGUUUUAAUGCGUCGACGAUAGAAAGCAGACCAGAUGGGCUUGUUGUGCCAUCGAUCUCUCUUCGCAUGCCUAACAAUGUAAAUUGGGUUACGAAUGGACCAGGUACCACUUUGAAGUUUGUCAAGGAUAAUGUGUACUGUUUGGCAUUUGUAGAUGGAGGUGCAAAGCCGGCGACUUCAAUUGUUAUUGGUGGUCAUCAGAUGCAGUUUAGUAUUAUAGAAUUCGAUAAUGCAAGAUCAAGAUUAGGGUUCAGUCCACCGAUUCAAGUUUGA